CUUCAAACCAAACCACUCUCCUCACCUUCUUCUUCUAUAAAAUCCCCAUUUUUUCAUACCCUUUUGCUCUCCAAAUUACACCUCACAAUAAUGCUUCCUCUUCUUCUUUUAUUUGGUCUCCUCCUCCUCCUCCUCCUUUGCCUCCAAUGGCGCCACCCCAACCACCACCUCCUCCCCCCUGGCUCCAUGGGCUGGCCUUACAUAGGCGAAACCUUCAAACUCUACACCCAAAACCCCAACUCCUUCUUCUCCAUUAGGCAAAAAAGAUAUGGGGAUGUGUUUAAGACACACAUAUUGGGAUGUCCAUGUGUGAUGAUUUCAAGCCCUGAGGCUGCCAGAGUUGUCCUUGUGAGUAAGGCUCAUCUCUUCAAGCCAACCUACCCACCAAGCAAAGAGAAAAUGAUUGGCCCUCAAGCUUUGUUCUUCCACCAAGGCCCUUACCAUUCUCGCCUCAAGAAGCUCAUCCAAGCCUCCUUUUUGCCCUCUGCUAUCAAACCCUCUGUCUCUCAAAUUGAGAACAUCGUGCUUCGCCUUUUACCCUCUUGGGAUAACUCCCAAAUCAAUACCUUACAACAAAUGAAAAGGUUUGCUUUUGAUGUGGCGAUGAUCUCCGCUUUUGGUGACCAACAAGACUUGGAAAUUGAGAGAAUUAAACAUCUGUACCAAUGCCUUGAAAAAGGCUAUAAUUCUAUGCCUCUUGAUCUUCCCGGAACGCCUUUUCGUAAAGCAAUGAAGGCGAGGAAGUUGCUGAGUGAGACAUUGGGGAAAUUGAUUGAGAAAAGACAGCGGAGCAAUGAGUAUGGCGGUGGGUUGCUGGCGGUGCUUCUAGGCGGCGACGGCGACGGCGACAAAGUGGAGAAAAAUAAGCUGAGUAAUUCACAAAUAGCUGAUAACAUAAUAGGAGUGAUCUUUGCAGCUCAAGACACGACAGCUAGUGUUCUUACAUGGAUUCUCAAGUACUUACAUGACGAUCACCAUCUUCUUGGAGCUGUUAAGAAGGAGCAGGACGCCAUAUUUGAGGAGAAGGUGAGGGAAGGGGGGCGUGGGCUUACAUGGGAUGACACGAGGCGGAUGGCAUUGACAAGUCGGGUGAUCCAAGAAACCCUAAGAACAGCAAGUGUACUGUCGUUCACGUUCAGAGAGGCAGUGGAAGAGGUGGAGUUCGAAGGUUAUUUAAUCCCAAGAGGAUGGAAAGUUCUUCCGCUGUUCAGAACCAUUCAUCACUCUGCACAUUUCUUCCCACACCCCGAGAAGUUUGAUCCUUCAAGAUUCGAGGUACCACCUCGACCAAACACGUACAUGCCAUUUGGAAAUGGAGUGCACUCGUGUCCCGGCAGCGAGAUGGCUAAGCUUGAAAUCCUCGUUCUUCUCCACCACUUCAUCACCGGUUACAGAUGGAAAGUGGUGGGAGAGGAAUCUGGGAUACAAUACGGUCCAUUUCCUGUGCCUAAAGGUGGCUUACCCAUUAAAGUAUUUUCAAGGAAGAACAAGAUUACUUCUUUGAAUUGAUGCGGAUUCUCAACGACAAAUUGGAGCUGAACUUCAAGUCCUUUUUCAUCUGUAACACCAUUUUCCAAUUGUCAAUGGAAAUCCUUUUGCAUUACUUUCUGUACUGCCUUUUUUGUCUGGUUUGCCAUAAUUGUCAAAGCAGUUAUGUUCAUUGAGUCUCAAA